CUGUAGGGUUUUAAAUUUGUUAUAUUACACAAUAUCUUGCCGCGGAAGAAAUCCGAACUCGCAAAGGAAAAGGAAUAUGUUUUUUUCCUCUGUUUAAAAUUUUUGUUUUGUCAUCAUAUCUUUUCGUUUAGGGUUAUCUGAUGUUACAACGAGGUGGGAGAAAACCGGUAAUCACAGAAGCAUAUUGAAAGCGGUUUUGAAGAUACAUCGAUCAUCGUUGAGACUUAUACUACGCUACAUCGAUCAUCGUUAAGACUUGAAACAAUGACUAAGAUAUCUAAUCUUCCUAAGGAUUUGGUGGAGGAGGUGCUCUCUAGGGUUCCGUUAACAUCUUUAAGAAAUAUCCGAUUAACUUGCAAAAAGUGGAACAUUUUAUCCAAAGGUGAGAGCUUUGCAAAGAAGCACCUUGGUGAUCAAGCAAAAGAAGCAGCAACGGAAAGAGAGUUUAUGAUGGUCAUGAUGAUGGAUUUUAGGGUUUAUUUGAUGCGAGUCAAUCUUCACAAUGACGUUGAGUCAUGUAUAAAGCCUGAAGGUGAACUUAUUUGCUUAGACGAAGAAGACGAUGUAUCUCAAGUCUUUCACUGCGACGGUUUAUUGUUAUGCAUUAUGGAAGAUAACACUAGGAUUGUGGUUUGGAACCCGUAUUGGGGGCAUACCUGGUGGAUCGUGCCUACACAUAAUUUCCACAAAUUGGACGUUUAUACGUAUGCUCUUGGAUACAAGCAGAGCAGCAAAUCAUGUCGCAGCUACAAAAUCUUGAGAUUUAUUGAUUUUUCUCGCACUUGUUUUGAAUUCAAAAUCUACAAUAUAAACUCUGAUUCAUGGAAGGUUCUUGAUGUCUCUCCAGAUUGGAAGAUAGAUUCUUAUAGUCGUGGCGUGUCUCUCAAGGGAAAUACGUACUGGUUUGCUAGAGAGAGGCAAGGAAGCAGUACUUUCUUAGUCUGUUUUGAUUUCACAAGAGAGAGAUUUAGAUCACGUUUUCCUCUGCCGAUUCAGCCGUAUAUUUUAGAUACCGUGAGUCUAUCUAGUGUUAGAGAAGAGCAGCUAGCGGUUUUAUUUCAGCGCUCAAGAUUAUCAGAGAUGGAGAUGGAGAUCUGGAUAACCACGAAACUUGAGCCCAACGCGGUGUCGUGGAACAGCAAGGUGUUCUUAGCAAUGGAUAUUGGCCUUCAAUUUCAGUUUCAAGUUAGAGCUGCAAGUUUCUUUAUCGAUGAGGAGAAGAAAGUUGUUGUGGUUUUUGAUAAAGAGAAAAAAUAUUUAGUGUCCACUCACAACAUAGCUUACAUCUUUGGAGAGGAUGGAACCUUGGAACAAGUGGAUCUUGGAUUAUCUGCAGACAAAUUUUGUUAUCCACUUGUGUGCUGUUAUGUUCCAAGUUUAGUGCAGCUUUAGUUAGUCCUCUACACAGUACCAAUAAUAUAUUUCUUGCAUAUUUAGUAUUUAUACUUUGUUUGCUUUCUCUUUUUUGUUUUCAUGUUCUUUGAACAAGAUUAUUAGUGAGAAUGUAUAUCAAAUUUGUUUCUCAACUUUUUUUUUGUUCAUUUCACUGCCUUGGGUUGCUUAAUUUCCUUGUUAUGUUGUAGUAGAUUCAUGGUAAAUACUUACAAGAUUCAAAGAUUCUUGGAGUUAAUCUUCGACCUUUGGUACACUCUGUUCUUAAUGCCCCUUUCUCAGUUCUGGCUUUGCUCAUUGGAGUCUAAUGCAGCUCUUGUAUGUCCUGCAAGUUCUGGUUCUCGAUACAGAGGCGAGAGGUUCAAGGAAGAAUAUCUGCAGAGAAUAAGUUGAGACAUAGCCAGAACAAUGCCGUUUUAAAUAGAGUAUGUAACCAAACAAAUUCGAUAUAGAACAAUUAGAACCAGAACUUGUAGCAGAUACAAAAUAGACGGUGAAAUUUGUUUUUACUCCUUGUUAUCUCAAUCGCCUUUAGUAGUAGACCGGCUCUCAUUUCAAGCUUGUUGUUUUUUUCAGAAUUAACCCACUCUUUCUUAUACUUGUCCAUUAUCUUUAACUAUGUCGAUCGGUUCAUCUGUGUACAUCUUCAAAACGUUGUUCAUUGUGUGACUAUCCGACUCUAUGUUCAUAUCUUUCAUCUUCUAUAUAAGAUUGUCGACCUCCUCUCGUUUUCCUAGCUGUAGACAGAGUAAUCCUUCAUGUUCUCCGGAAUGCUUCUUUCGAAAAACUUCUCUGCUUCCUCAAAACCCAACACAUUGUCAAUCACAUGAAAUAAAACUGUCAAAAAAAAAGU